AUGCACUUGGCCAAAGUUUUUAACAAACUUAUUUCUGUGCGAUCUAUCUAUCUAUCUAUCUAUCUAUCUAUCUAUCUAUCUAUCUAUCUAUCUAUCUAUCUCAGUCUGUUCAUAUCUAUCUAUCUAUCUAUCUAUCCAUCUAUCUAUCUAUCUAUCUAUGGUUAUUCCUUAUCUAUCAGUCGUUGCCUAUCAUUAUCUAUCCAUCUAUCUAUCCAUCUAUCUAUCUCAGUCUGUCCACAUCCAUCCAUCCAAUCCAUCCAUCUAUCCAUCCAUCUCAGUCUGUUCACAUCCAUCUAUCCAUCUAUCUAUCUAUCCAUCCAUAUCCAUCUAUCUCAGUCUGUUCACAUAUCAUUCAUCUAUCCAUCCAUCCAUUCAUCUAUCUAUCUAUCCAUCUAUCCCAGUCUAUCUAUCUAUCCAUUCAUCUAUCCAUCUAUCUAUCUCAGUCUGUUCUAUCUAUCUAUCUAUCUCUAUCCAUCUAUCUAUCUAUCUAUGUCUGUCUAUUCAUCUAUCUAUCUAUCUAUCUAUCCAUCUAUCUAUCAGUCUGUUCAUCUAUCUAUCUAUCUAUCUAUUCAUCUAUCUAUCUAUCUCAGUCUGUUCUAUCUAUCUCUAUCUAUUCAUCUAUCUAUAUCUCAGUCUGUUAUCUAUCUAUAUCUAUCUAUCUAUCUAUCUAUCUAUCUCAGUAUGUUCAUCUAUCUAUCUAUCUAUCUAUCUAUCUAUCUAUCUAUCUCAGUCUGUUCAUAUCUAUCUAUCUAUCUAUCUAUCUAUCUAUCUAUCUAUCUAUCUAUCUAUCUAUCUAUCUUUGUUUAUUCAUCAUUUUAUAUUUGCACAUUCAUAGAUCUUUACCUAUCUAUCUAUUGUUGCUUAUGCAUUAUCUAUUUUUUGCCUAUUCAUUAUUUACUUAUCUAUUUUGUCUAUUCGUUAUCUAUCUAUCUAUCUAUCUUUCUUUAUCUACCAACAAUGUCUACUUUUUCAAACAUUUAA